CGCGUCUCAGGGGGUUCCCCAGCCGGGGGGGUGCCCCCAGCCACCGACCUGGUGCUGGGCGCCGCGGCCGGGUGCUUGGCCUGCGUGCUCACCAACCCGCUGGAGGUGGUCAAGACGCGGCUGCAGCUCCAGGGCGAGCUGCAGCCCCCCGGUACCUACCCGCGGCCGUACCGGGGCGUGCUGCGGGCGCUGGGCGCCGUGUGCCGCGCCGAUGGGCUGCGGGGGCUGCAGAAGGGCCUGGCCGCCAGCCUGCUCUACCAGGGGCUGAUGAACGGCGUCCGCUUCUAUUGCUACUCGCACGCCGAGGACGCCGGCUGGACGCGGUACCCCGGGGGUACCGUGGCCGCCGGAGCCAUCGCCGGGGCGGUGGGAGCCUUCGUGGGCAGCCCCGCGUACCUGGUCAAGACCCACCUCCAAGCCCAGACACUGUCCUCAGUGGCCGUGGGCCACCAGCACAAUCAUGAGAGCAUCUCCGGAGCGUUCGAGAGCAUCUACAGGCAGCACGGGGUGGCAGGGCUGUGGCGGGGGGUGACGGGCGCCGUGCCCCGCGUGGCGGUGGGCUCAGCUGCGCAGCUCGCCACCUUCGCCUCCGCCAAGGACUGGGUCUGCGAGCACCAGUGGUUCGGGGAGGGCAGCUGGGCCGCGGUGCUGGCGGGGGGCAUGGUGAGCGGCGUGGCCGUGGCGGUGACGAUGACGCCUUUCGACGUGAUCAGCACCCGGCUCUACAACCAGCCCGUGGAUGCCGACGGCACGGGCAAGCUCUACCGGGGGUUUUUGGAUUGUAUCCUGCAAAUCUCCAGCAAAGAGGGGCUGCUGGGCUUGUACAAGGGCAUCGGCGCCGUCUACCUCCGCCUCGGCCCGCACACCGUCCUCAGCCUCUUCUUUUGGGAUGAGCUCAGGAAGAUGGUGCAGCACCAGCAGCCCCCGGGGCUGUAGGAUGGGUCCUGGCCCUGCUGCGCCCGUCAAUAAAGGGGUUUUUCUAGUUUU